UUGUUUUGAUUCCCAAUUUUCAUCGUUCAUCCAUUUCUUCUUCAUUGAAAUGAAGAAGAUAGUUAUUUACUAAAUAAAUAAAAUUAAAAAAAAAAAACAAUUUAAGUGAAAUGAUGGUCGAUUUCGAAGCAAAACGUAAUGCUUUGUUUGCAUGCCUUGAUGAUGCCAGCAGUGAAUUGAAGGGUACCAGUUUAGACCAGACAAGUGUAAUUAAAAAUCCUUUAAAACGCACCUCAUCUGGAGGGACGGAGUUGGUGUACAGAAAUUCGAUUAAAAGUCCACAUAAAAAUCAAUCCCUCGAUCGUUCUCUGAAGAGUUUACGUGGAAAAGAAAGUAUAUUCAAGAAGCCGGAGUUACCCAUAUCGAGGUGUUUAAAACCCAGAACAUUGCCCGAUUUCAAGGUUAAUCCACACAAGUGGAAAAAAUACUCUUUGGAAGAUGUUGAUAUUUCCGAUCACACAAAUACAUCGGCUGCAUUUGAAUUUCUACGAGAAAUUGAUGCCCGCAAAGAAACAGAUGGGGAUGACGAAGGUCCAGAAACUGUACAGCACAAGAAAAUUGAAUUUAAAAAGUCUAGCAAAUUAAGUCGCAAUUUUAAAACGUUAAAAGCCCAAGAACAGGAGGAUGUUGAAAUUGAUUCGCCAAAGUUAAAGGGCUCAAAGCUUAUUAUGCCUGAAUACGUAAUUGGCGGUUCAAAGAAAACCAAUAAGGUUAGCAGAGUUAAAAACGAUAAAAAAGAUCGAGCUGCUGGCAAAUUAAUGUUGUCCCAUCUGCAGGAAGAAGACGAAGAAGAAUGAAUAUAUUUUGUAAAUAUCAGUGGAUUUUUAAGAAAUAUAAUAUUUUAAUAAGUAUUA